AUGGGCGCUAAACCGAGUACCGCGAAUGGAGGGCAGAGUCCGCGCACCAGGACAUUCUCGACGAGCUCCAGCUCGGAAGUGGUUUCGGGUGGGGCGGGGUUUAGUUUACUACGAGCGAUACCUGGGAUCCAGGUUUCUAGUGACCGGCAGCGCGCGCGAUCCUUGUCCUCGGUGCCGGAUUUGCAUGCCUCCCAUGAGGCUAUCGCGAUUCCUGCUAACUCGCAGAGUUACGAGGCGUCAGCUGCUGCGAGCCCCGACACGGAUUCCAGCUCCAACGAGGAGGCAGGUCCGGCGCCCGGCACUUCCCUUGCCUUGGGCAGGGUCUACGCCGCGCAUUCGUUGCCAUCACACAUUUGGUCUUUGAAUGGUAAGUGAUUUUCCUUACAUUUCCUAUUUAAUGACUACUAGAAAGGCCAGUGUGUACAUGUCAUAAGUUACAUGCUGUUUUUUAUAGCUGUUAUUUGUAUUUGCAGACAUAUUCUGUUUAUUAUUGGUAGAAUAAUUACAUUAAUCUUAUAAUUACAUAGUGAAACUGUGCAAUUACUGUGACAAACCUCUGAAAAUCUGCAUGACAUUGACUUUUAUUCUAUCUAUGUUAUCAUAAUUAUAAUAACAUCGAAAGAUAUGACUUUUUUAUUUGUUGCUUUGUGCUACACAAUUAUCUUAUCUCUUAACCUUAUAUUGUGCCUAGGUUUAUUAAACUAACUUUCUCAAUGUGAUGAUUGAAUAACCUG